AUGAUUAGUAAAGUAUCAGACAGGUUGUAACAAAGUGGUAUCAAGUCAGGUAAAAGCGCGAACAAGCUUAACCUUUAAAGAAAGCAAACAAAUCAAAGUAGCUUGAAUGGUAAACAUAGUAAAUUAGGUACACAAAACCCUGUCAUUAUCUCAAAAAACAUUGAUAUAAGUAAAAUUGAAGAAAAAAAAUACAAAGACGAAGAGUAGAAGAAGCUUGAAAUAAAAAAAAAUAGGUCUCUUUUAACAAGAAAUUUUGAGAUUUUUAUAGACUUGCUUAAAUUCAAAAAAACUUCGAUCGAAAAGUCAUAUAUAUUAAUUUCGAUAGCCUUCAUUUAGAUUUACAUUUCAAAUGUUUCCAACUACAAGAACCUUAUGAAUAAGCAUUACACAAUAGCUUCAGAUAAUUUAUCUACUGUAAUAAAUGUUAUUUCUUAUGUUGAUAUUACUACAGUAUUACAGUUCAACUCAACAAUGUACAUGGUGAUGCUCUUUGUAAGUAGUGCUUAUAUGGUUUUCACGCUUGCAUUAUAUGUAACUUGUUACUUUAUUAGAGCCAGUAAUGAGAAUAUAAAAGUUAGAAAAUUCUUUUAUGGGAGAUGGUUCCUUUAUUUAUGUGAAUACUUAUAGUGGAUCUUACUUUAACCUAUCUACAUAACUCUUAUAUCCUAUAUAACAUGUUACUAGCCUGUGUAGAGUAAUUUAAACAUCUAAUGCAAUACAAGUGAUAGCCUUUUUUUUAUAAAAAUUGCUGUGAUAUGCUUGGGAUUGCUUGCUGGUAGUUUUACAGUGUGGUACACAACAAUGUUUUUGUUUAAUGGUAGCUUUUCAAGUAAAAAGGAUACUCUCGCUUGUGAUAAUACUAUUUAUAUUCUUCAAUUUAAUAUAUAUAGAAUACUAUUUUCCUUGGUAAUAUGUCUUAGGUCGGAUUCUUAUUUUUACUUUAUAGGAUAUCUGCUUUACAAUUUUCUUUUUUCUGCCUAUCUCUCAUAUUAAUUCUAUCUAAAUUAAGGAUUAAUGACUUUUAAAAAUAAAUAUGUCAGAAAUCUUUUCAAACUUUUGAUGGUGCUUUUAUUUAGUUAGAAUAUAGCACUUUUGUUAGAUGAGCUCCAGAGGAGCUUGAGUAUCUUAAAAUCAUAAACUUCAGAAAAUAACAUUUAGUUUACAAUAAUAUUCUUUGUUUUCGUUUUUUAUUUUUAUAGGAAAAUAGCUAGGUAUUAAUAGUAAAAAAUGAUCAUUGGAAAUGAUUUGAGAAAUCUUAGUUAUAAAGAUUUUGCAAAAAGAGUUUACUAUUUAUAAACACUGCUUGAAAAUUCAUCUGAUUCUUUAUUUUAAGAAGUUUAUUUUAAAGGUAUUAUCUCUUAGCAUUUGAACAACCCAUGUAAUCAUAUUGAUAGCAACUUUUAAAAGUGCUUUUGCUAAACCAAGAUUUUGCAUGACUCUAAAAAAGUAAAAGAUGUCAACAUAGAUAAAUGCUACAUCUAGAUCAACAAAAGUAUAGUCAGUAAAUUUAUUGUCAAAAGUUGGUACGAAUAGUUCAUUUCUUUAAACCAAAAUAAUUUCACUGUUUUAAUUGACUAUUCGGAAUUUAUCUUUAACAAAUUCAGAAACCCUUGUCUUUCUCUGACAGUUAUACAAUUCCUCAAAAAAAAAUACUUAUACCCUAUUGACUAAUACAGACUCUUUAGAUUAAUCCACUUUAUACAUAAAUACAAUAGAAAGAAAAAUGUAACUUCAUAUAAAGGUAUUUUAAAUGUGGAAAACGUUAUACCUAUAGAAUUAAAGAUAGACAGAAUUAAAUAUAAGAUCAAGUAAAUCCUUUUAUAGAACAUAAGUUUUUGGAAUAUGUUAUUGAAAAAUGUAAUUGUUUUGGAAGAGCUUAACCAAGCAAUCAAGAAAGUGUUUGAAGAUAUCGAUGAAAUAAAAAAAAUGUGGAUCCGUGUGAUUGUUUAUUUAAAUUACAGAAAAAAAUGGAGAUUUUAUUAUGCAUGGUAUUAUUUGUAUAUUCUUAACCAAAAAGUUCUUCUCUCGUUGCUUGAAAAGUUUACUGGAACCUUCGUCAAUGAAAAUGAAGUAUUCAUUGAAGAAUAUCAAACUGAUCAGGUUGAAGAUGACUUAGGUUCUGUUGUUUCUAAUUCCAAAGAAGAACAAGACAAAAUUAAAAUUAAAAAAGUGGAAAUGGCCUUCGAUCGUAGAUCUUGCGUAUUUAGAGUUGCCAGUGACAAUUUGGGAAAAAUAAUAAAAGUUAAUAAACCUGUUUUGACUACUUUCGGCUUCAACCGUUAUGAGUUAGAGAAUCAUGUAUUUGUAACAGAUUUAAUGCCUAAAUCUUUUGCUAUUUUACACCCUAAAUAUACGUCCAACUAUAUUUCAACAGGAAAAUCAAAGAUUUUAUACUCUCAAAAAAAAGUCUAUUGUGUACAGAAAAAGGGAAAUGUCUUUUCUGGUUGGAAAUUUUUAAAAUUAUUUGUAAAUCUACAUGGAAUAGCAGAAUUUGUUUGCCUAAUAAGGCCAAUCUUAAAUCCAGCAGGUUCAAAACUAAAUUAUAUUAUAUUUAAUGAUGACUGGGAAGUUGAUUCGAUGUCUCAAUUAUUAUAUGAAUAUUUUAUGAUAGAUUCUGAGCUUUAUAGGUAAUAAAUGAUUUAAUUGGCGAAUUUAAAGCUAAAAAAGGAAAUUUAAAAUGCUGGUGGUAAACCUCCUUAGUUUGAUAAUAAAGUCUCAACAGCAAGUGUUUUAUAAAAUGGGAUGGUGUUGAAUCUACUCCUUGUUAUUCCUAAACUUAUGAAAUUCUCUAGGUUGUUUUAGUUUUUAACAAUAGAGGAUCAACAAAAUUUUGGAAUUAUCCCUAAAAAGGCAUAACUUGGAGAUAUAGCCAACAUAUUUAAGAAUAGAUUCAAUUAAGAAGGUAAAUAAAAUAUCUUUGCAUUUGAUAAGCUAAAAAGUAUGGCUAAAUAAAAAAAAUCUCUUGCCCAGUAAUCAUUAGCUGCUAAAAAAGCAGCACUUUUUGCUUAAGAAAACGGUGAAAAAAAUGAAAAUCAAGAUAACGAGUAGAACGGAGAUGUAAAUAAUGCUAAGCUUAUUCAAUAAAAUACUAAAAAUGAAAAUUAAUACAAAAUACAGCAUUACUUGCCUGACUAAAAUGACUCAAAAAGUAAUGGACAAAAUCCUCAAUUUAAAAUUAAUGAUACUACUCCUUAAAAACCUUCAAAAAUAAAUUUAACACUAACUUAAGAUGACUCUGCAGCUUAACUGCUUGAUUUAAAGAGCAAAAAUAAAGAAACAUUUGAAGAUUAAAUUAUUCCCUCUCCUAAACAGUUAGAUGCUUUUAGAAAAUAAUUUACUCACUAAGCAUCAAAUGUGAGUUCUUCAGUUCAAUAGAACUCCCUAUUGGAAAUUUAAGAAUAGUUAGAUGAAAAAUAAUAAGAUUUAAUCAAAAAAUAGAUGGAAAAAGCUACUUAUGCGAUAAGAAGAAAAACUCUUCAUCAAAUGGAUUAAAAUGACGAAGAUGAAGAGAAAGCAAAAUCUGAUAAAGAUGACAGUACUGAUGAUGAUGACAUAGAAACAGAAUUUGGGCUAGAAAAUUUAGAUGAGAAUGGUAAUAAAUAAAAAGAUGAAAGAUUAGAAAAAGGUGAAUAAGUAAGACUAGUUGCUAGAAUUCCCCAUAAUAUAGCAUAAGUUAUGUAAAGUUAUUAUACUAUGUCAUAGAGUCGCUUAAAAAAAUAUGAUGAAAAAACAGAAAAACGUAAAAACACUGAAGUCGCAUCAAGUAAGCAAGAUAUGACUAAUAAAAUAAAAACAUACACAAAUAAUAGUAAUUUUACAAUUAAGGAGAGCUAGACAAAUAUAAAUUCUUACAAGAAGCAUGAGACUUAAACUGAAAGGGUUUCUGGAUAGAAAGAUGAUACAGACCUUUAAUAUCAGAGGGAUAAAGCUUUUUAUUAGUUAAUAAAAGAUGCAUUUACUCUUCAUAUUAAAAGAAAAAAAUCUCGCUAAUUAAAACUUGUUUGCACAACUAAAUUUAAAAAAAUGGGCUAAAAAAAAAUAGGCAUAAUGAAAAUUCUUAAUUUAGAGGAAAUAAAAAUUCACAAACUAAACGCUCUUUAGCAAGUUCAAUAAAAAAAUAAAGAAUUUGAAGUAUCUUUGUCAAAGUAAUUUUCUGAUAUUAAAGACGGUAUUGAUUUAAAUGGGUUGACUUUUAAUAAUGGCAAAGGUUCAUCUACAAAAAAUCUUGAUAUUCCUAAUAAUAAUUAGUCUAGAUUUUCCAUAAAUAAAAAUGCUCUAUUAAAUAAUAUAAAAAAUACUCUAGCACCUCUAAACUCUCAUGUCUCAGCAGGAAAUAACAGCUUUUAAGAUUUAACUCUAGAAGUUCAAGAUUCAAAAGUUUAAAGCAAUUAAUUUUAAUCUAAAGAAAACGGAAUGGGUUAUUAGCUUGAUAAUUUUGAUUCAGACAAGUAAGAUGAAAACUUAAAAGAUAUACAAAAAGACUUUGAAAAAAAGCAAGGAAGUGUCACUUUUAAUUUGAGUUACACUGAUAAUAUUUUUAUUAAAGAAGAUAUUCACUAACCUAGAGAAUAGCUAAACAGUAUCUUCUAGCUGCAGUUGUUUACAAGACUUUUCUUUUUCUUUAUACUACUGUUUAAUGUAUUAAGCUAUUUUGUUGGAGUCAACAAUUUUUUUAACACAGUUUAAAAUUAUACUUCAAUUGUCCAACUUGUUAAAGUCUGGAAUUUAAAUGUUUUAGCAGGCUAUGAUGUUGUAUUGAACUAAGUAAUUUUAAAUAGCGGAAACUUUACCAAUUCUAUACUUAAAAAUACUUACUAUUAAAAUUAAGCAGGAUUUUAAAAUGAAAUAAACCAAGUAUUUUAUAACAUUACUGGAUACUUUCAAAAUGUUACUAUGCAAAAUAACUUUCAAGAAACACUUUUUGGACUUAGUUAGAAAAAUGUCACAACAUCCAUAGUAUCUUACUCGUAAGGUUACGGUAAUUACACUUAUGAUGUUUUUGAUAUGUUCUAGUAAUAUGUUUAUCACAUCAAUGAAUUAAACAAUACUAUGUAUUCAUCUUAAACAGCUUCAAUUACAACAUAAUCAGAUUAUGUUAAUUUUAUAAGGUAAAAUGCUAUUCCUUAUUUAAAUAACGAUAUUUAUGAUUUAGGUCAAAGCUCUAUGUAGGUAGUUUCUGAUACAAUAUCAUAAAUAACAUAGUUUGUUGUAAUUAUAACUAUUGUUUUAAGUAGCCUUGUUGGUAUCUCUUUUUUAUUUAUGUGGAAGCUGACAAAGUAAAUUUGUGACAGCUUUUCUUCUAUUUUUGACAGCUUUGAGAAAAUAGAUUUGGUGGAUGUGAAAAAAAUCACUGAUUAUUAUGGAAUUAUACUCAAUCAGUUUAGCUAUGCUGUUGAUAAAGAUGAAUAUUAUAGUCGUGCUUACAUGCCAAUUACAAACUAAUUACUUGUAGAAUCAGAAUAUCAAGAAAAAGAAGAGGAUGUAUUAAGUAACAAUCAACCAAUUUAGUAAGGAAGUAACUUGCAAAAUAAUGCUCAAACUCCCUAAAUUAAAUCAGAGCAUACAAGAGCAACUAUGGAUGUAACAAGAAUGUCUAAUUAAAAUCCUAAAAUAGCAGCAGCUCUUCUUAAGGUAUCUGAUUUAUAACUUGAGGCUUCUGAUGAUAAUGCUAUGGUAAAAAAAAAUAAAUAAAUAGAAGAGGGUGAUUUUUUAAAGGACCUUAAGAUUAAGAUUAUAGUUUACUACUUAAUUUUUAUGAUUUGCCUCAUUUGCUUUAGUUGUGUUUAUGUCUUAUAAGUUUAUUUGAAUCAGAAUACUCUUCAAAUGAUGAAAGAAGAUGGCUUAACAAUUAUUAAUCCAAUCACACUAGAUCUUAUUAUGAUUAUCAGCGUCAAAGAAAAUUUUAUAGAUCCUGGAUUUUACUAAGACUAUCUUUAUUAAUACGCUUCACCUUAUGUAUCUAUGUUCUUUGAUAUAAAAUAGGAUGUCGUCUUAAAUAGUUUAUCAAGCUACUCUUACAACUAUAUGUACAAUUAAGUUUACAAAACGACUGCAUGUAAUUCAGAUAUUGCGCCUUCAAUUCUCUCUUAGAAUUAAAUUGUUGAUUGCUAAACUAUACUUUAAAAUGCUUUGAAUAAUGGCUUGAAUAUAUUUGGAACUAAAUUUACUGAAUUCGUAAGUAAUUAUUAAAGCUUACCGUCACUUAAAUCUGCUACAAUAAGUUCAACUAUUUUAAGUGAUAUGAUUUCAUAUUCUAGAGGUGUUUACUAUGCAGAUAUCUUUAAUAACCAAAUUAUGAAUACCUGGUAAUCAAACAUAUCAUCUAAUAUAUCUUCAAUUGUAAUGUUCUGCACAAUUUUAGUUAUCGUAGCAGGUGCUUUUAUGCUUAUUAUUUACAUUGUUAUCAAUGAAUAUCUCAUACUAGGAAGACUUAAAAGAGAAUAUGUAUAUUUCCGUACUGUAUAUAAAAUGUAUUUUCCGGAAGCUAUUGUAACAAAAAAGAAAAGUAUAAAAUAUUGGCUAAUUAAGCAAGGCAUACUAAAGAGAAAGUGA